GAACCCUUGACUUGAAGGCAUAUCCAGAAUAACCCCAUUUGUUUCCGUUUUGAUUUUUGUUAUGGCUCGUCUUUGGUGUUUAUUAACACCUUGCCUUUGUUCCCCUAUCAUUCAUCCAAGCAGCCCUAAUAUUUUCAAUACCAAACAGCAAUCAACUCACAAACAGUAUCUCAACUAACGCCUUUGUACCUCAGACACAAUGCAUAUCUGGCCUCAAAGAAAAAUCAAAAGGAACAAGUGACUCGAAACCCGGUUGUGCACAACUUCAUGUAUAUAAGCAUGCACAUCUAUAUUCUAAGCAUCAAACAAACUGCGUCGGAAAGACUAUUCAAUCUUCCUGGUUUCUUUCUAUCCUCCAGCUGACUAUUUUCAACAUCGGAUUAUAACCUUGAGCUUAUUGAAAUUUCAAAGCAAGGGUGAUCAUGGACGGAAAUGCAUUUAUAAAGUAUGAUACACUAGAUGUGCAGGAUGCCAAUGAUGAUGUUGCAAACAUUUGCCUCUCAUUGCGCAAAGUGGCAAAAGACACCGAAUAUCGUGUUGCUGUCAGCUAUCUAUCUGACACACUUCCAAGUCAGCGCGUGAAGAAAUGCUGUACAAGUGUUUACAUCGUCAUGCCAGAGACCGAGCAACAAGAGACGAAGGCGGCAUUAGAGGAAAUGUUCAGUGAGGAACUUAAGCUCCAGGGUUUCCACGCGGCAUCGAAAUUGGAGAUAAGCCCCGGUUACUAUAUGCUGGAUAAGGACACCGAAUGGAGGAUCCUUUUUUCAGGUGCAGACGUCGGUGGACACGAUGAGCGCUCUCGAGGAUACAAUAUCCAGUCGGUGGCCGCAGUAUGCAGAGAUAUACCCUUUUGGCUCGUGAGGGAGGGGAAAGUGCAAAAGGACUCACGCACGGCAAUGAUAUGGCUAACCCACGACACCCAAGGCAUAGAUGAAACUAAACUUGCAAGGAUAUGGGAGCCUAGCGAAUUCUGGGAGGCCUUUCCGAAGGGAAGAUCCCCCUUAGAGUCUAUCGAUCCAGUCAUUUCGACCCCUGGGGACCGAGAAAACGAUUCUGAGUAUUUCGAUGCGGAAGAAGAAAAGGAUCCUGAAUACUUCGAUGCGAAGGAAUUCUAGUCACCCAUCUGUAGCCAGCUAGUGCAUUUUAGUUUUGCGAGAAAAUGAGAAGAAAACGAUUAUGAUCGUUGAGACCCAAGUACAUUCAUAAAAUAGAACAAGACAAGAUUUCAAAUGCUACUUAUCAACGCUCGCUAGCCACUUGAAUAUGCAAAAUAAUUAGAGAAGAAACGCAAAGCCGGCAAAGAACCCCCCAAGGACGAUGGAGAGGCCAUACACCGGUUUAAGAUCAAUAAUCGGCUUGAUGGCGCCUCCUUCAUCGUUA